CCGAUGACAUAACGUUUCUUAAUGGUUUUCUAGAUUGAUUAUGCGGAUGUCCAGCUAAUGCGGCCUGGUCAACGACAGUCCUGCACCACCAUGAACCUGGAGAAACUACUCGCGCUAGAGCAUGAUGUCACUCCUGAGGAACCCCGCCAUCAUCGACUGCACGAAGUUGAUGAAAAUCAGCAUCAUUCUCAUCAUAAUCUUUUACAGCUCGCAGAAUAUCAACAAGUCCAAACCAUACUACAACGAGGAGAACUGUUCAAGUCCAACAGAAACUCUCAUGGUAGUGAUACCUCGUCGGCCUACUCUGGAUCUGACACCAUGCAGUCAGUGCAGUCUUCACUGGAGGACCAAGAAGUGGACCUUUCAGGACUCACAGAGAGUGCUGUGGAUUCUGAUGACGAGGAGGACCUUGCAGAGUUAAUUGAUUGCCUGACUGUGAGAGACACUGUACGAGAAUGUCUGGAAAAGGACUCUUCAGAAAGGACAGAAGAUGAUAUUGAAGUAUUAUUGGAAUUCUUGCAACACUUACCAGCUUUUGCCAACAUGACGAUAGCUGUUAGACGAGCUUUGUGUGCGGUAAUGGUUUUUGCCGUUGUUCAAAAAGCAGGAACGGUUGUGAUGAACGAUGGAGAAGAGUUAGACUCCUGGUCUGUCAUUGUCAACGGUCAAGUUGAAGUUGAUUUUCCAGAUGGAACAAGCCAUGAGCUGCAUGUUGGUGACAGCUUUGGAAUAACUGCCACAACAGAGAAAAUGUAUCACGAAGGGGUGAUGCGGACCAUGUUGGACGACUGUCAGUUUGUUUGUAUUGCUCAAAGUGACUACCACAAAAUUCUUCACCAGGGGGAAGAGAAUACUAGAAAACAUGAAGAAAAUGGUCAAGUUGUUCUUGUAACAGAACAAAGGGUCUUAGAUGGAGGCAGUCAGCAGGGCCAUGUGGUCAUAAGGGGAACACCUGAUAGCCUAAUGGCCCAGCUAGUCGAAGAAAAUACUCUUGAUCCUAGGUACGUAGAGGAUUUCCUACUGACCCAGAGGACUUUUAUUUCCUCUCCAAUAACAGUGGCUAAUAAUCUCCUAACUUGGUUCAAAGACCCUCAGUUGCGAGAUAAGGUCACAAGGGUUGUCCUGCUGUGGGUGAGUUACCACUUUCCGGACUUUGAGGAGGAUGCAGAUAUGAUGGAAUUUUUGGAAAAAUUUGAGUCUGUACUUGAACAAGAGAAAAUGCAGAGUCAAUUACGGUUACUUAAUAUUGCUUGUGCUACAAAAGCUCGUAGUAGAACUAUUACUUUGGCUCGCUCUACGAGAGAUGAUGUCCUUCACUUCUCUAUUCUUGGUGGUUAUGAGCGAGGAUUUGGGAUUUUCAUCUCUAAGGUUAACAAGGGCUCUAAAGCAGAAGAGAUGGGUUUACGAAGAGGAGACCAGAUUCUGGAAGUAAAUGGACAAAGUUUCGAACAUGUUAGCCAUGCUCGCGCUCUGGAAAUCUUACGAGGAACAACCCAUCUUUCAAUUACUGUUAGAUCCAAUCUUUUAGUUUUUAAAGAGAUGCUCAACACACCAGAAAAUGUUCCUCGCCAACGAGGAAGGAAACUUUCAGAAAUUUCUUGCUUGCAGCCUGAUCCCAGAGCUAGGUUUUCUUCCCACUUUGAUAUUCCCUUUGAACUGGGAGUAAGUACGUUUCUCCAGAUUCGCACCUCUUCUCCACACCAGUAUCUAAGAACUUUGUCUAGUCCUGUUGGGGAAAGUAAACAACAAAAGAAAGGAUUCAAGACUCUUAAUAACCGGGGAAAGAUCAAAAGGGCUCUUGCAAAAAUGAGUAUAACUUCCAAGCCUGGAAAAAGUGAAGCUCAAUUGAACAGUUCUGACGACAGCAUGUUUUCCUUAAAGAGUGGGAGUAGUAAUGACCCAACAAACUACCAGAGGGCAGCAUCUCCAAAGCGAUCCUCUGGCGGUGGAAACCUUCAUCAUAGUCACAGCAAUCCAGACUUAGCAUCAUUGUCAGCAUACUAUGAACCACAGAUGUGGCCAGACUUUCCUGAGCACGUGCUUAAAGUGUAUAGAACAGAUCAAACUUUUAAAUAUUUACUUGUUCAUAAGGAAACUACUUCUAGAGAGGUGGUGAUGUUAUCCCUCCGGGAGUUUGGAAUCACAGACCCGAGCAGCAAAUACUCACUAUGUGAGGUGACUUGUGGAGAAGGAGGUGUCAUUAAGCAACGACGGUUACCUGAUCAGAUGCACAAUUUGGCCGAGCAUAUUGGACUCAGCAGUCGCUACUACUUAAAGAAUAAGUCAUCAACCGAAGCUCUUGUACCUGAUGAUUUAGCAGGGGAACUCCUUCGGGAGAGUCAAGUUAACUUUCUCCAGUUAAAUAGUGUGGAAGUUGCCACCCAGCUCACCUUGGAAGACUUCAGCAUCUUCUGCCAAAUUGAGCCUACAGAGUAUAUUGAAGACUUGUUUCAACUUAAGUCUAAAUAUGGAACGCCAAUGCUUUCAAAGUUUGGUGAGCUUGUGAACAGAGAAAUGUUUUGGGUAGUAACUGAAGUUUGCAGUGAACCAAAUCUUUUGAGAAGAAUGAAAAUAAUCAAACAGUUCAUUAAAGUGGCAAGACAGUGUAAAGACUGCAAGAACUUCAACUCCAUGUUUGCCAUCUUGAGUGGACUUGACCAUGGGGCAGUAUCAAGACUAAGGUCCACUUGGGAGAAACUACCUUCUAAAUAUUCCAAGUUGUUUAAGGAUUUGAGUGAUCUCAUGGACCCUUCUCGAAAUAUGUGUAAAUAUCGUACUCUUAUCAGCAGUGAAAAUACACAACCUCCUAUGGUGAGUACUAUUAAAUACAAUGUCAGAAGUAGAGUUUUGUGUAAAUAACGAAAUUAUUCCCCAACAGGUUAUGGUUUUAACUUUCACUAGUCUUAUGUAGUUUUAUCUGAUAUGAAAUUUACGUUUGA